UCCGCGGGGCCACGGUUCUCCGACCGGCUGUGGUAGUGUCAGCUCCUGUGAAGGAAGUUUCCGCUUUGCACCCCACCCGGAUCACAGUUCGGUUGUAGGGUCCGCUCCCUCCAGCUCCACAUCAGCGCAUCCGGAUCAUGGGGUUACCCAAGGGGCCGGAGGGCCAGGGACUCCCGGAGGUGGAGACGAGAGAAGACGAAGAACAGAAUGUCAAGCUGACUGAAAUCCUGGAGCUCUUGGUCGCAGCUGGCUAUUUCAGAGCAAGAAUUAAAGGCUUGUCUCCUUUCGACAAGGUAGUGGGAGGGAUGACAUGGUGUAUCACCACAUGCAGCUUUGACGUGGAUGUGGACUUGCUAUUCCAGGAAAACUCUACGAUCGGUCAGAAAAUUGCUCUAUCGGAAAAGAUUGUCUCCGUCCUCCCAAGGAUGAAGUGUCCGCACCAGCUGGAGCCCCACCAGAUCCAGGGCAUGGAUUUUAUCCACAUAUUCCCCGUCGUGCAGUGGCUGGUGAAACGAGCUAUAGAAACAAAGGAAGAGAUGGGUGACUACAUCCGCUCCUACUCCAUCUCCCAGUUCCAGAAGACCUACAGCCUCCCGGAGGAUGAUGACUUCAUAAAGAGAAAGGACAAGGCCAUCAAGACAGUCGUUGACCUGUCGGAUGCUUACAAGCCCCGGCGAAAGUACAGACGGCAGCAGGGAGCAGAGGAGCUACUGGACGAGGAAUCCAGAGUCCACUCCACGCUUCUGGAAUAUGGCAGGAGAUACGGAUUUAGUCGCCAGAGCAAAACAGAGAAGGCUGAGGACAAGAAAACAGCGCUUGCUGCAGGGCUGUCAGCUGCAGAGAAAACGGAUGCUCAUGAGGAAGAUGAGCUUCAGGCAGCCGAAGAGCAGCGUAUUCAGUCACUGAUGACCAAGAUGACCGCCAUGGCAAAUGAGGAGAGCCGUCUCACCGCAAGCUCCGUGGGCCAGAUCGUGGGUCUCUGCUCUGAGGAGAUCAAGCAGAUUGUGUCUGAGUACGCAGGGAAGCAAUCUGAGCUGUCUGCUGAAGAAAGUCCAGAGAAGUUAGGAACCUCCCAGCUGCACCAGCGGAAAGUCAUUUCCUUGAAUAAGCAGAUUCUGCAGAAGAGCAAACAUCUGGAAGAGCUGCAAGCGAGUCAUACCAACCUCCAAGCCAAGUACAGCGGCAGGAAGAAGACACUGACAGAGCUGAAGGAUCAUGGUGAGAAACUAGACAAAGAGCAGGCAGCCCUGGAGAAAUUAGAAGCCAAAGCCGACCCGAGCAUGCUGCAGAACCUGAGAGCACUUGUAGCCAUGAAUGAAAGUCUCAAAAGCCAGGAGCAGGAGUUUAAGGCACACUGCCGGGAGGAGAUGGCUCGGCUACAACAGGAAAUUGAGACCCUGAAAGCUGAGAGAGCGCCAGGCGAGAAGACCAUCUCCAGUGGAGAGCCGCAGGGUGCCCUGACCUCCACCAUGACUCACAAUGAGGACCUGGACAGACGGUACAACAUGGAAAAAGAGAAGCUGUACAAGAUCCGGUUACUACAGGCACGAAGAAAUCGAGAAAUAGCAAUUUUGCACCGCAAGAUUGACGAAGUGCCCAGUCGAGCAGAGCUGAUCCAGUAUCAGAAGCGAUUUAUUGAACUCUACCGUCAGAUUUCCGCAGUGCACAAGGAAACCAAGCAGUUCUUCACUUUGUACAAUACCCUGGAUGACAAAAAGGUUUAUCUGGAAAAGGAGAUUAGCCUGCUGAACUCUAUUCACGAGAACUUCUCACAAGCCAUGGCCUCCCCUGCGGCCCGGGACCAGUUCUUAAGGCAGAUGGAGCAGAUCGUCGAAGGCAUUAAGCAAAGCAGGAUGAAGAUGGAAAAGAAGAAGCAGGAGAACAAGAUGAGAAGGGACCAGUUGAAUGAUCAGUACUUGGAGCUCCUGGAAAAGCAGAGGCUCUACUUCAAGACUGUGAAAGAGUUCAAAGAGGAGGGUCGAAAGAAUGAGCUAUUACUAUCUAAGAUCAAAGCCAAGGCCUCCUGAAAACUCCAUCUCCAUUUCUGGAUGUCCCUGAUAUUUUUUUAAUGACAUGUAUAGACCACAGGAUCUUGACAUGGCUCUGCAGAGAGGUCCAGGAAGAUUCAUUUCAGUUCUCUGGACGGAUGUUUUCUUUCUCCUACUUGUUUCAUUUCGUCUCUCCUGGCUGCGGCUGAUGGACUCAGAGCCCUACAAAGAACCGUGCGUGGGCAGUGCCCACUCACUCUGACCUCUCAACUUCUAUUUCUUCAGUGACACUGCGUUUAUGAAGGUACCCAAAUGUGUGCCCACGGGCCCUGAGAAUAAAGAGCAUUAUAUUCAGCAAGUAUUGAGCAACUGCUAAGAAACAAGCCCUGAGGUAAAUGUAGCUGAACAUGGUCCCUGCCCUUCUGGCAUCUAGCAGGGGCUCAGAGAACAGCCCUCUUGCUCCCCACCCCUAAAGCUUGUCCCCUGAAAUGUUUCAGAAGGCUGCUGAAUGAGCAGCCAGCCCAUUCAUCUACCGUUGUGCCUUUUGUUCUGGCUUGUCACAGUAUGUAAGGACUCUAGGCUGGGUUGGGGUGCAGAGCAGUUAGCCCAGAGGUGUAAGACAGAAGCAGGCGAGGUUCUGGUUUACUAGAGUCCACCCAUUUGUGUUGUGAACUGAUACCAAGUGCCCACGAUGGGCUUUGGAAAUGGGAACUGCCAGUCUGGAGCUGUGCUUCUCAGACAUCUGCUCUGGUAUGGCUGAAGGUGUGUCCUGCCCUCAGGCUGCAUGUGGUCAAGGACAGCUGUGAGGGUGCUGGAAGCAUAGCCCAUGUUCUUGCACUGCCAGGGUUUCAGUGAAGAUAAGAUGUUUAGACCGUUGAGUACUAUCCGGUCAGACAAGGGGAAAGACUUCGGGUGCUGUGCAUGGAAGAAAAGAAGGUAGUGACAGGGGCAGGAAGCCUCCACGGAGCGAACAUCACUUGGGCCGGAACUGAAAGGAGUAGGAUGUGAGCUGAGAUGGGAAGGAGGGCCUCUGAUAACCCGUAAAGGGUUGGCUUUAGCCUCUGGACAUGAGCAGAUCAAAGCAAUCACAGAACACCCCCAAACCUCCAGGUAUCGGGAACCUAGCAACUGGGUCAUGCUAGGUAAAUCCCAGUGUGAGGUCUGUGCUCCCUUCUGCAUAAACUUAGCAUACACAUGAACAGCAGGUUGGGACCAUCAAGCAGAAGCAGGUGGGGGCAUUGGGCAGUCACAGAAGUGCUUCUCAACUUUAGUUUCCUAAUGUAUGAUUAAGAGGCAUGAGGCAUGCAUACUGAUAGAAAAGAAGAGGUGCUGGGGCUCAGUGGGUAGGGUGCUUGCCUAGGUUCCAUCCCUAACGUCACAUAAAUGGACGUGGUAGCACACACUUGUGAUAGAAGCAGGAGGAUCAGGACAUCGAGUGUAUCCUAGGCGAGAGUUUCUUCUUUUGGUGUGGUUGUAGGCAUGAUCAACUACAGGCUGCCUGCAGCCGUGGAUAGCUGUGAAUGUGGCCCAACAUGAAAUUGUAAAGUAAUUUAGAACACAGAUUAUUUUCCAUCUCUUCUUUUAAAACUGCAUUACACUGUGUGCUCCGUAAACUUUGUAGAUGGCAGGGUCAUGCUGUAAAAGCAUAAAGGUGAUCACUCCUGGUAGAGAGAGAUUGCGUUGGUAACUCCUGGUAGAGAGGGGUUGGUGGAUACUUUGUCCCAUUCCUCAAUCCACAAGGCUUAAUAGAGAUGAUGAGCGGUUCCUGUUACUUGCUCUUCAGUACCAGGUACGACUGCCCUCCUGAGGAGCAGGCAACAGAUCUAAACAGAAUAAGGUGGUUGACCUAGGCCUCUGACUCCAGUGCUCUCAUCUUGCCUGGCAGAUUGGUAUUACAGUCUGCAAGUCCGUAGCUGGGUAAGACUGCUGCUGACACUGUUACCCCAGCUGUCUGUGCAGCAGCAUCUGACACGGGGAAAGCUAGCCAACAGAGAGGCUUCGAGCUCAGAUCUAUCUUGAUUUCUCUCUCCUACAUUCAAAGGAUGUGGUAUCUAAGGCAGUAAUGUCUUACUAUCUGGUUCUGGGAAGCAACAGUGAGCAGUGGCUGACCUGUAUUGUUUUAGAGCUUUGUGGGUAGGCUCUGUUAUUCUUUGAAUUAGACCUGAGAACCCUACAUUUGCAUCAGACAUCCUAAAACAGAUAGAUAGCACCUUCGUGAGUAAUUCCAGCAUGAAGUGACUGCUCAGUCUGACGUUAGUGGCUGAGGAGAUUCCCUGAGAUCCCUGGUCAUUUCAGAAUCCACCUGGAGGCUCGUGGAAGGGAAGGGCCUCUCAGGGCAGUGUCUUCUGUACCCAGACAUAGCUGUACCCACACAUAGUAUAGCAUUGUGUUUGGAGCCUACUGGCUUUUACCAGAAUUGUAAGGUGGUGGGGAAACAUCUGUAGGUGACUUUUUUUUUUUCCCGUGUGUACUUUAAGAGAAGCCAGAUUCAGAGCAGAGAGCUUGUUCACGGGGCUGGUUCCCAUUGCCAUGCAUUCUUAAGACCAGCCUCUAGGUCAGAAGCUACCUUCCCUCCCACAUGCUUUUCAUGAUGUUCCUGAGGAUGCUCUGGUUGAAUCCAAGCUCAAAGCAGUUGUGAGCAGAGUGAGACUGAGGUGAUGGUGGAAGGUCUGGGAGGAUGUAGGGACGUUCUCCUCUUCUCCAUGUUCAGUGGCUAGUCAGCCAACACCACAGGGGCGGUGGUGAGUACCAUAGAAUAUCUGCCAACCUGCAUCCAAAGGUGCUUCUGUAAUGAAGCAGAGUCCAUGGUGGGCAUAAGCUCCUGUUAGUCUGACCUUCUGGAUCAGGGUCUGGUUUGUAGCACUUGAUUCCAGAACAGUGAAGACACAGGCGUAUGGUGGAACCAAGCCGGCAUUGGUCACCAGGAAAGGCUUCCCUUCUCCAGACUGUUUCUGGGGGACCCCUCAGGACCUUGAACAAAGCACGGGGCAGGCCUUCCAACAGCUCUCUGACUACCUCCCAAGGUGCCAUUCCUAUCCUUUGUCACUUUGGCAGACUCCUGUCUUUUCUAUCUUGAAUACUGUAGUCACUACCUGAGGGGUAUCUGAGACACCCAGCCUGACCUGUAACCCCUAUAAUGCAUCCCUCUGCCUCCUCCAUGGUCCUGUCUUGCCUGCUCCCAAGGUGAUGGAUGGUCCAUUUAAAGGACCUGGGCAUCCUAGCAAUAAUUUCCUACAGGGACUUUGGCUUGUGAAGGUUCAGGCAGUUGAACUGAAUUUUGCUCUGAGAAGUACCGUAAGGAAGUGUUUUAUGAUGUGUUCAUUGCCAGGGUUGGUUGCUAAGACAGAGAAGACCUUAAUACAGAGCAGUAUAAUGAAGAGCCCAGUAACAUGGGUGGUACUGUCUGGUGCAGCUGAGGAAGCUAGAGGAAGAGUCAUAGUCUCUUCUGAGAUGCAUCUUAGAGUUGUACACGCUCUUCCUUCUAGCAGUAGGUGGCACUGGACUGAAAUGGUAUGUAAAAGGUAACGGAGGACCUGGGAGAUGUCCCAGUCAGUAAAGCAUGAGGACCUGAGUUAGGAUCCCCAGCAUCAAAGCCACGCAUAGCAGUGUGCUCUUGUAUUCCCAGCCCUAGAAAGGAAGAGACAAAAGGACCCCUGGGGCUCACUGACCAGCCAGAUUAGCUGAGUUAGUAAGCUUCAAUUCAGUGAGAAAACCUGUCUCAUAAAAUUAGGUGGAGAGCAAUGAAGAUGGUAUCUGAGUUGACCUCUGACCUUCACAUGCACACACAUCCCCAUACACAUAAAGGAACAUGCAUAUACAAAAAAAUUAAUAAUGCAUGUUUUCCUUCUCAGAAUAACUAUGUAUAAGAUCAUGAGCCGGGCUUUAGUGCCUCGUGGGCAGUGUUUGACACCAUGGGGAGUCGCAGCUUCUGUAUCCUCCUGUAUCCUCAUCGGCCUGUAUCAAUUUCCCAGAUGGCCACGCUCACCCUCCAUUGAUACAAUCCUCAUGUGUCUGUCCUCUCCACGACUUUGGAUGAUGUCAUCACACUAGCCUCCUGGUCAUAUCACAGUCCACUCGUCACAUUCCUGUUCUGUCUUAAUGACACAUGUCUUAGUGACAUGUGUCAUUAUGACACAUGCUUAAGGUUUCUGAUCCUUCGCAAGGUCUACAUAUUCCCUCUUUGGAAUGUGUAAGGGCAGUGACACAGGGACCCUACCCAGCUCACUGUGGUUCAUCAGACAGUCAGAACAUUCCACUUGCUUAAGUUGGCUCCCCAAACUGUUAUCUUUGCAUCCUAUAGUAGCAAAAUGUAGAUCUAACCUAACCUAUGCUCAGGUUUAAACAGGCUGCCAGUUCUAGUCAGCGGCACUAGAGAAGCCCUCUUAAGACGUGUGUUCAUUAGUCGCUAACCUUGAAGGAUGGAACGGAAAAAGAGUUUCCCAGAAGUUUCCAAGCUUUAAUUACAAGGUCACCUUUUGCAGCAGGGAAGGCACAUUAAUGUCGAAUAGGAUCAUUAGUGUGUUCUUCCUUCAUAUGUGGUGGACGGAUCUUAGCUUCGUGAUUGAAGAAAACGGGUAUUGCUGUAGAGCAGCACACAUGCAGUGAAUGGCAGAGCUCCAAGCCUUCACCCGCCUUGGAGGACAAUUGAAUAGCAUCACGAAUCCAAUUGUACCGCCUUUUCUACCAGCAGUGCCACAUGUAGGAACUUUUCUUAUGUACAGAAACUUUUAUUAGAGUAACAUUUGUAAUAACAAAAGGUUAGAAACUACCAUUAAUUCAGAACAGAGGUGAAAAACAUCAUGGCCCAUGUCUACAAUGGGGCAUUCUGCAAACACUCAAAAGAAUGGACCUGCUCUGUGUGUAUUGCCAAGGAACGUUCAAGGGGUCUUGGGGCCACGUGGUUAAGUGGGGGAAGAAAGCAUGCAUGAACGUGCAUGAAAUGCUAGUGUUUGGAAUAGGGAUAAAUACAUGUAGGUGUGUGGAUGCAUAUGUGUGUGUGCAUAUACUCACAUAUAUGCUUGUGAUACGUCUGCUUGCCUGUUCCCAGACUGUCUCUGAGAAGUGACACAGCAGCCUGGCAGCCUCAGUUGCUGCCUGGAAGAAGGUGGAAAUUACUUUUCACUGUUUGCCUUUUGUACUCUGGAAUUUUGUACCGUGUACAUGCAUUAUCUACUCAAAAAUAAAUAGUUUUU